AUGGCACCAGCAGAUAAAUCGUCAUCACCCGAACCUCUGAAACGAGAAGCAGGAGGUGGUUGCCCACCGCCAAGCUGUAGCUACCCAUCGACCCGCUAUAAUUCUCCUAACGUGGAUUGCUCAUCGACCGCUUCGUCUUGCUGCUCUUCGCAACACAGAUAUCCUUCUAACUACAGAUAUCCUUCGUCACAUCGAACAUCUGAUUGUCAGCCCUGUGCCCUGAAAUGCAUCUUAAAAAAACACAAUUGUUGUCAGUCUAACACGAGUAGCUACUGCCUGUGCCAACCCAUACCACGCGACUGUAACUGCCCGCCACCAAUUCAGGUGGACGCACGUGCUACUCACGAGUGUUCCUGCAACUGUCCAUCCAGCCCGGAAUGCGCCUGUCCACCUAGUGAACGAAGAUUCCCAAAAGCGACGAUUAAAUGUCCCAACGCGCGUCUUUGCUGUCCAUCUCCUCGAUUACCACCCGGUCCCAAAUAUCAUUGCUCGUGUCAAUCAAGGUAUCCGUCACCACCUUGCAAUCCAUGCACAUCCUUCAAGUAUCGACCACCCUUUUCAACCAAGGAUUCUUGCCAACCUAACUCACCAUGUCCAUUCUGCUCAUCUUGUCGGCCAAUUUCGACAACUUCGCCUUGUCGUCCUCCGACGCCUUGCAGAAAAUUGAUCUUUUGCACUGAGCAUAACGAUCGACUCUCUUCGUCCUGUACAGGUCAGUCUUGGCGUGAGAUCACUGGCGAUAAAAAUUCGGAAAGUAACAUCUGUAACGAACAAAGUGACGAUAAGGCACGAGAGACAUAUGUUAAAAAAGAUAGCUGCGCAACGGAUUGCGCUGAAUCCGCGAAUGAGUCCAAAUACGCUGAUCAAAGUAGCGAUUUAAUAUUAGACAAAGAAUCUAUACAAAAUUCAACGUCAAAAACAUUUAUUAAUUUAAUGGAGACCACAAAUUCUUCGAAGUCUGUCGAUCCUAACUCGUGUGAUGUGCCGGAGCAAAGAGUCGGCGAAAUGACGUGCCGGAGAGCGUUUCCGUUCACGUUUUUGACGGUGUUGGUGUUCUGUGCCACAUUUCGACGAGGUGCUUCCGCUGUCGCUGGAACCAUCGAAAAUAAGAGUGUCACUGAGAAAGCGCAAUCAGAGGGUUGCAUUGAGUGCGGAUAUUACAGAUGUCCAGAGAAUCCUGGAAAAUGCUUGUUGGGCUCGGUUCCUGAUCCUUGUGGAUGUUGUCCGGAGACUGGUUUGUGCGCCCGUCUUCUCGGUGAACCAUGUUGGAACGCGAGUAUUCCACUUUUAUCUCCAAAAAGCCGUAAUGAUGGAUACUGCGCAAGAAAUUAUCUAUGCGAGUUACGCUCCGAUCUACAAGAAAAGGAUGCACCGGAGGCAGCUUGCGUCUGUAUGGAACAGAGCCCAGCCUGCGGUAGCAAUAACGAGACUUACUCGACGCCAUGCGCGUUGCACGAAGAGGCGAUGAAACUCAGGAACUCAUCUUCCUUGAGAUUGCAGCAUCUCGGUCCUUGUGAAAGUAGACCUUGGAUUCUGACAACUUUGGAAGAUGUUGUCUCACCCUUUGGUCAACGCGUCGCACUUAAUUGUGAGGCAAAGGGCUUCCCAGUGCCGGAUAUUUUUUGGGAAUUUCAUUCAGCUGACGGGAGAAGAGUAUUGAAAUUGCCGGGAGAGGAGCAUCAGGCGACCAUACACACAAGCGAUGGUCCAGAACCACUCAUGCGAACAUCUUGGAUGCAAUUGGCUCGGUUAGAUGAGGAACAUAUGGGGAUGUAUUAUUGUAUUGCUAAUAAUUCCAUAGGCGAAACAAGCACAUCUUCAUUCGUGUCCAUGUUGUGAAUGUGCUUUUAU